AUUAAUCUGAUUAUGAAACUGUUUGGAUCAUCUGUGAUGGUAGUUUGGCGUGGUAGAUGGUGCAAAAUUUGCCAUGUUCAGUUCCUGAGAAGCUGAUUCUAUUUGGAUACUAGCUGGUUUCUUCUUAAUGCAUAUGGUAGACACUCUAAUCAUUUGAUGCUCUCUCUAUGUUAGUUGCAAGUUUCAGAAAUAAAGCAAUGAACGGAAACCAUAGAUGGAAGUUCCUUUGCCUUUGAUCACAGAGGCCCUACGUGCCUUUGAUUUCAGAAAUAAAGCAAUGAACCUAUAACAGACGGAUGGAAGGUUGUCAGUGAUUAAAAGAAUUGAUUUCAUUAUCCUUUUUAGCUUUAUCUAUAACAAAACAAGAAAUGAACACUCAAUUCAGUCAAAAAAUGAUAAUAGAAGAAUCGAUUGUAAUAAUACUCCAAAUACCACCCUCUGGAGGUAAAUUCAUUCAUUUCUAUUCUUGCAGUUGAUGCUUGCUACAUAUCAACUCCUCUUAUUUGAUCAAAGACAGUUAUUUAUCAACCCUAAACAACUACUCAAUCCUUCUAAUCUCAAAGCUGACCGGAAGGGUUGUCCAUUGGGUGGUAAACAUGGUAACUGGGCGGAAGAGUGAUGCCAAAUGUAGCACAAUAACCUUUAACUUGAUUACCAAAUUCAGGAGUGAAUCUUCCACGGUUAAAAACCCAAAUCUUGCACCUGAGAGACAGACCUUGGAUUGCUUCACAGCAUUCACGACUGAGGCUUACCUUCUUUUCAACCAAGGACGCAUAAACAUCAUGCAGGCACCCAUCUGGUUUAUUAAUUUGUCCCCAACAGAGCCAUGGGUUUGGCAUGUAUCGCUCUUCCCAUCCAACAACCGAGAAAGCAGGCGUGAUAGCCAUGGCAAAUGCCAGGGUUAGGAGGAGCACAAGGGUCUGUUGAAAUGAACCCAUCGCAAACAGACAGAGACAGGUUGGUUUCUUCAGAGAUCUUUGUUUUCUUGGAACAAAGGAAGGUUUUUAGCAAGGGUUUUGGGUUGGAAAUUUAUAGAAGUUCUUAAAUUACGGAGCUUGAAGUAAACGUUGUAUAUUGCCAAAUUAGUCAGGUUGCAGCCAUGAAUGAAGGUAAGUUCAAAGGACCUUGAAUUUGUUGCAGUUUCUUGUAGAAGUUGCUGUUAUGUAAAAGAAUGCUGGUCAUUUAAAUGCCAUUAAUAAAGGUAAUUAUACCAUGAAAGACCUUUAGUCAGUUAAGAUGGUAGAAUAAUGUCUCACUUGUUAACAGUGUCGCUCGAACUUACACAUAGAUCGGUGCAUAAAGAUUCUCCUAUUGCUGGGCUCAAAAUGGGUCGAGUCACUGGAAAGUGGAAAAUGCAAAGAGCAAGUGGGCUCAUAUACCGUAUUGGGCUCAAUCUCUUUCCAGUUAUAGCACAAGCAAUUGAGCCUCAAAGCUUUAUUUUUUGGCUACUGAUGGAGAAAGAUUUCUGAUUUGCAGAACAAAAUGGCAACAGGUGGAGGAGGAGGUGGAAACGUGAAGGGGACAAGUAGCAGAGAAGGCACAGCAAAAUCAAUUGUGACUGAACAGAUUUCCCAGGCUGUACAAUCCACCUCCAAUCUCCUCCACCUCAUGCAACAGUCUUCUCCUUCUCAGACCCAACUAAUGAAGCUUCCAAAAAAUCUUUUGGCCAAAACCCCUACAAUCAAGAAUACUGGGCAGAUGUUAGAGCAGAUGCCUAGGGUGGUUUCAGCGCUUGAUGCUCACAUUGACAGUGGAUUACAGAGUUUUCCGCAUCUGAAAACAGUAAUUCAGUUACUUGAAAAUAUGGAAAGCUGCCAUCUUAGUUCACUGUCCCAAGCACAUUUCUCACAAGGGGAAUCUCAGCAAGCAAAUCAGCAUCCCAAGGUUGGUUCACCGCCCUAAUAUUCUAGCCAUGCUACGGGGGUCUCAGCCAUUAGUUUCUCUAGUCAUGUCAAACUUUCUUACUGUAGCUACAACCAAUUCUUGAGCGGUAACUAGUACAUUAGUUAUUGACUACUAGACUAGAGAAUAUGUUCUAUGUACAUCAAAUGUCAUAGUAUUUCUCAUUGCUGUCUGUAUACAUUGAAUAUGAUAAGAGAAUGGUUCCUGUAUUGCUUUCUCCAUAGCAUUGGAAACACGUUUCAACUUUCUACCUUGUAAGGAUGGCCACAAAUUUUAAAGGGGAAAUGAGCUGUCUCAU